AUGAACCCCAGUGCUCCCAGUUAUCCCAUGGCCUCCCUGUAUGUCGGGGAUCUGCAUCAAGAUGUGACCGAGGCCAUGCUAUACGAGAAAUUCAGCCCAGCCGGAGCUAUCCUGUCGAUCAGGGUCUGUAGGGACAUGAUCACCCGGCGUUCCCUUGGAUACGCCUAUGUCAACUUCCAACAGCCAGCGGACGCCGAGCGUGCACUGGACACUAUGAACUUUGAUGUGAUCAAGGGGAGGCCUGUGCGAAUUAUGUGGUCGCAGCGGGAUCCGUCACUGAGAAAGAGCGGUGUGGGAAACAUCUUCAUCAAGAAUCUUGACAAGUCCAUUGACAACAAGGCUCUGUAUGACACCUUCUCUGCUUUUGGCAACAUCCUGUCAUGCAAGGUGGUUUGUGACGAGAAUGGCUCUAAAGGCUACGGCUUUGUGCAUUUUGAGACUCAGGAGGCAGCCGAACGAGCCAUUGAAAAAAUGAAUGGCAUGCUGCUGAAUGACCGAAAAGUAUUUGUAGGUCGCUUCAAAUCUCGCAAAGAGCGCGAGGCUGAGCUGGGUGCCCGAGCCAAGGAGUUUACAAAUGUCUACGUCAAAAACUUUGGUGAAGACAUGGAUGAUGAGAAGCUGAGGGAAGUCUUCAGUAAAUACGGAAACUCUAUGAGUAUCCGAGUCAUGAUGGAUGACAGUGGAAAGUCUCGAGGCUUUGGGUUUGUCAGCUUUGAGAGACAUGAGGAUGCCCAGAAGGCAGUGGAUGAGAUGAAUGGAAAGGAGUUUAACGGCAAGCUCAUCUACGUUGGCCGCGCCCAGAAGAAGGUGGAGCGACAGACGGAGCUCAAACGCAAAUUUGAGCAAAUGAAACAAGACCGCAUGACUCGCUACCAGGGUGUUAACUUGUAUGUCAAGAACCUUGAUGAUGGAAUUGACGAUGAACGUCUGCGAAAGGAGUUCACACCGUUCGGCACAAUAACCAGUGCCAAGGUCAUGUUGGAGGGUGGGCGCAGCAAAGGUUUUGGCUUUGUCUGCUUCUCGUCCCCAGAGGAGGCCACCAAAGCGGUGACAGAAAUGAAUGGGCGCAUUGUAGCGACUAAGCCGUUAUAUGUGGCCUUGGCCCAGCGGAAAGAGGAGCGUCAAGCCCACCUGACCAAUCAGUACAUGCAGCGCAUGGCCAGUGUGCGUGCAGUACCAAACCCAGUCAUCAAUCCCUAUCAACCAGCCCCACCCUCCGGCUAUUUCAUGGCAGCCAUACCUCAGGCCCAGAACCGCGCUGCUUACUACCCAGCUGCUGGGCAGAUAACCCAGCUCCGCCCGAGCCCACGCUGGGCCACCCAAGGUGUCCGUCCACAACACUUCCAAAACAUCCCGGGUGCUAUGCGUCCCUCUGCACCACGCCCUCAGACCUUUGGUGCCAUGCGUCCAACAACCCAGGUGCCCCGCAUGAUGUCUGCACAGCGUGUCGCAGCUCAGACCAUGGGCCCCCGGCCGGCCACCGCAGCUGCUGCUGCUGCAGCAGGAGCCGCUCCUGUGCGGGGAGUCCCUCAGUACAAAUAUGCCGCAGGAGUCCGCAAUCCCCAGCAGCACAUGCCUGCUCAGCCACAAGUCACUAUGCAGCAGCCUGCUGUCCAUGUUCAGGGACAGGAGCCUCUGACAGCCUCCAUGCUGGCCGCUGCGCCACCACAGGAACAGAAGCAGAUGCUGGGUGAGCGUCUGUUUCCACUGAUCCAGAACAUGCACCCAAGCCUGGCAGGGAAGAUCACUGGCAUGCUGCUGGAAAUCGACAACUCAGAGCUGCUCCACAUGCUGGAGUCCCCAGAGUCUCUCCGCUCAAAGGUGGAUGAGGCGGUGGCUGUGCUUCAGGCCCACCAGGCAAAAGAGGCCGCCCAGAAGACCGUGCCAAAUUCAGCUGGUGUACCGAGUGUCUAAGGAGCAGGGAACCGCGAGACCAGCUUCACCGAUGGACAAAAAAAUUAACAGUGAAAAAAUUGAAAAUACACAAAACAAAGUAAAAAAGAAGUCAAAUGCUAUAUUAAAAAAACAAAAAACAAAACAAUGGAAACAAGUCUUCAGCCAGGUCUAUAAUGAACAGAAACACCAGGCCUGGUGUGCUGAGUUAAAAAGAAAAAAUACAC